GAGAUUUACUCGCCGGUUCGCUCUGUUUACUUUUGGGAUCGCUAUGGAGCAGUGGAAGACUGGAGAUUUCUCUCAAUCUAUUGUUACAGCUGAUUUAGUUCCUUCCUCGUCGCUUCCGCCUCAGCCUCUCUCUUUGCCGUCGAGUCGCCACCAUAACAACCAACUUCCUGAAUCCAGGUUAAGAACAGAUGAGGAAGUAAAAGAUCCUGUAGCAGUGAGAAAAAUUCAGAAGGCAGAUCGUGAAAAAUUGAGGAGAGACAGGCUGAAUGAACAUUUUCUUGAGCUCGGAAACACAUUAGAUCCAGAUAGGCCCAAAAAUGACAAGGCUACCAUCCUUACAGACACUAUUCAAAUGCUGAAGGAUUUAACUGCCGAAGUCAAUAGAUUAAAAGCUGACUAUGAAGCUCUUUCUGAAGAAUCACGUGAGUUAACACAGGAAAAGAAUGAGCUUAGAGAAGAGAAGGCUUCAUUAAAGUCAGAUAUUGAAAAUCUAAAUGCUCAGUAUCAGCAAAGAUUGAGGGUCAUGUUUCCCUGGGCUACCAUGGAUCCUUCGGUGGUCAUGGGGCCCCCAUAUUCAUACCCAGUUCCUGUUCCCGUUCCCCCUGGACCAAUUCCCAUGCAUCCGUCAUUGCAGCCCUUCACCUUCUUUGGAAGUCAGAAUCCGGGUGCUAUUCCUAACCCCUGUUCUACAUUUGUCCCGUAUACUGCUGCUGCCAACCAUCCGAUUGAACAGCCCUCUGCCCAAUAUGCUUCCAAUUCACACAUCUCUAGCAAACAAGAUUCCAGAAGUAAAUCAUCAGAUCAUCCUAAGCGUAGCAAUGUGGAAAGGUGCGACGAAUCUAAUGAUGUAGCAACGGACCUUGAACUUAAGAUGCCUGGAUCGUCAACACAACAGGAUGCAUCCUCUGCAAGUAAGAAAGGUAAGCAGUCACAGAGGAAAGAAAAAAGUGUUACAGAUUGUAGUUCUUCAAGUAGAUUUUCUUCGUCCCAAGUUCUACAAGAUAGCUCCUCUAACAGCGUUGGCGACAUUCCGAAACAGAACAACUGAAUUCAAGAUUACUAACCUCAUCAAAGGAUUAAAUUCAAGGUUGUUUCUUCCUUGUCCAGCCAAAUAUUGAAUUCAGGAAUUUAGGUUCAGAGCUUUAGCUAUAGCUUGAAGUCCCUCUUCAAAAUAUGAGCAGUAAUUCCUCAUUCAGUAAACCAUGUGUCCUAACUAGGGCUAUUGUAUCAAUCAUGAGGUGCGAGAUAUUGCGGCUGUCAUCGACAUCUAAUUUAACGAGGCUUACCAUAUUUUGAAAUAAUAUUGUUAUAGGCUUGACAUUGACAGACUUUGUCCAGCGCAGACCCUGCAUUUAGGGAGUAAUUCAAUGGAAUAUUUGCUUGUAAAUAAUUAUCCAUGUGUUAUGCUUGUAAUAAGACUCUACAUAGGCCAUU